UAUAUUACUCUCUCUCAAAUUCGUAUUUUCUUUUUUCCGAUCAAAGCAUCGGAGAUAUGGCGUCUAAGGACAAGAAACCGUCGAAGCCAGCGACUGGUCGGACUGGUGGUAUCCGUACGCUUUCCGAUCUGAACCGACGAUCAGGACCUGAUUCCGACAGUGAUUCCGAUGGACCUCAGGAGUAUUACACCGGUGGUGAGAAAAGUGGUAUGCUUGUUCAGGAUCCUUCAAAAGAAUCGAAACAUGAUGACGUUGAUGAGAUAUUCAAUCAAGCAAGGCAACUAGGAGCUGUGGAAGGACCUCUUGAGCGUCCUUCAAGUUCUAGAAGCUUUACUGGAACCGGGAGAUUGCUUUCUGGAGAUAGUGUGCCAACCGCUCUUCAACAGCCCGAACCUGUGGUUCACAAUAUUGUUUUCUGGUCUAACGGAUUCACUGUAGAUGAUGGACCUUUGAGGAAGUUGGAUGAUCCAGAGAAUGCUUCUUUUCUUGAUAGCAUUCGAAAAUCUGAAUGCCCAAAGGAGCUUGAGCCUGCUGAUAAAAGAGCUCCGGUACAUGUCAAUCUAAUGAGAAGAGACGAGAAAUGCCCCGAACAAGAGAAACUUACGGUUGCAUUUCAAGGAGUCGGAAGGACUUUAGGUGGUGCCAGCUCAUCAACAGCUUCAAGCCUAGAAAACCUAACCGAUGUAGCAGCUGUUCCAACACCGUCACAAAGCUUUGUAGUAGAUGAAACUCUUCCAUCCACAUCAAUCCAGCUUAGACUCGCAGACGGAACACGCCUGGUGGCUAAGUUCAACAACCAUCACACGGUCAAUGACAUUCGUGUGUACAUUGAGUCUUCUCGACCAGGGAAUCCAAUCAAUUACACCCUUCAGGUCAUGGGGUUCCCACCAAAGCCACUCACUGACCCUUCUCAGACCAUUGAUCAAGCCGGCCUUGCAAAUUCUGUUGUCAUUCAGAAACUCUAGAAAAGUCUCGUUUCUUUUUUCUUCUUAUACUCAUAUACAUUAGAGAGAGAUUUCAAAAACUUGGUAUUUGUACUGAAAAAUAUCCCCAAAAAAAAAGAAAAUGUUUAAUCGGCUUAUUGUGGCAAGAGAAGAAGAAAAAACACAUCAUA